GAGAAUCUUUGAUCAAGGAGAAUCAGGAGUUGGAGAAAGAAAUGACCCAACUGAAGAACAAGUAUGAGCAGCAGCUAGAAGACCAAAAGAAAGAAAGUGACAAUCUUCAAGAAAAGAUGGCAAAUGGCCUUAAGACUGCAAGAAGGGAUCUGGAGAUGAUGAAGACAAAUCCCAUUCAGAGGAGGCAGAACUUUACUGAGUCACUGAAGAACACCCUAGCAAUGCAGCGGAUAUGCAGACUGGAGGACCAGAUAAAAAACCUCAGUGUUUCUCAAGUUAACAGCUGUUUGGCCCACAAUGACCCGCUGAUAACUAGGAGGAAGAGAGAGGCGGAAAAAACGCAGCUGGAGGACCAGAUGAAACACCUCAUUGUUUCUCAGGUUAACAGCUGUUUGGUUAUAAAUGACUCACCAAUGACGAGGAAGAAGCAAGAGGCAGAAAAAACACAGAUUUUGGACACAAGUAAACGAGUCAGGGGUAGUUUUCCUUCACUGAAGCAGGCGGUUGCCAUGGCGAGGAUACACAAACUAGAAGACCAAAUAAAAGAAAAAGAUAUUCUUCAAGAACAGAUGGAGAAUGACCUCAAGACUGCAAGAAAGGAUCUGGAGGAGGCUGACAGCAACCUGAGGCAGAAAGAUGAUGAACUGCAGAAGAUCAUUGAGAGGCUAAACGAAACGACUGAAGAGCACAAGCAGCAGACUGUGCUACAUGAAUCUAAGAGUGAAACAGAAUCUUUGAUCAAGAAGAAUCAGGAGCUGGAGAAAGAAAUGACCCAACUGAAGAACAAGUAUGAGCAGCAGUCUGAUCCUGAAGCCCAGCAGGAGCUAAAGGAUGAACAGCAGGAGAGCAGUGAUGCUACAGAAAGUCCAAAGGAGCUGAAAACAGAACCGGAAAACGAGAACCAAAAGCAAUCCCUCAUGCUGAGCUUGUAG